GCCCUGCCCGGCCCUUGGGAGCCACCCGGAAGGCCGAGCCCGCCGGCCCCACCUGGAGAGGAGCUUAAAGGCCGGCCGGGCGGCCACAGCGCAGCCGGUUCCUGCACCAUGCCCGCGGCCCGCAGCGUCCUCAUCUUGGCGGGGCUCCUGGCUCUGUGGGCAGAGCUGCCGGCAGCAUCCGCCCAGAAUGACACCACCAAAGCCGGCGUGUGCCCCAGCCCGGCGACGGAUGCGGUGAACUGCACGGUGGGGUGCCAGUCCGAUGGCGACUGCGAGAGCACCCUCAAGUGCUGCCCGGCAGCCUGCGGCAAGGCCUGCCAGAAGCCUGACGAGAAGCCUGGCACCUGCCCACCCGUCAACCCGGGCAUCCCCAUGCUGGGCAUCUGCUCCAACCAGUGCAAGACCGAUGCCAACUGCGCUGGGAUCCAGAAGUGUUGCAGGAACGGUUGUGGCAAGGUCUCCUGUGUGACACCCAUCCAGUGAGGCACAGCCGCCUCCUGCCAGCCCAGCCAGAGGGAAGCUGCUGCCUGAUGCCCAUCCCUCAUGCCCUGGCCGUGGCCCUGCACCAUCCUCCCGACUUGGAGCCUUCAGCCUCAAUUUUCU